UCAGUACAGCUUUUAUCAGACGAUCGAAGAUCUUGGUGGGUUGUGGAAGCACGAUGAAGUUGUGUAUACAAGAAAUGGAAAACGUGUAGAGAAAAAUAGUGUGGAAUAGAGAAAUAGUAAUAAAAACAAAAGCAAAAUGUGUGCUGCAACAAAUCAAAUACAAUAUAAUUUCAAUAUGAAUAAUCCGGAACAAAAUAUUGGUGAAAAUAAUGUAAAUAACUUAAGCAUUUAUUUGGAUAAGGAAAAAUGUGCAAAAAUCAGACGAUUUAUUCUGAUCGGCGUGCUUGUAGUGCUGGGCAUUGUGGGCUGGCAUUUCUACGAGUAUCUCUUCGCGGAAAAGGGUGGUCCGAACGACCCUACAACUUUCGUCGAACAUGAAAUUAUCGAUCUAACACGCCGUUUAUUCGCCGACGAAGUGCGUCAGAAUAGCUAUCCGAUUGAUGUAAAUUUUCAAGGCAAGACUAGAGCAUUUCAACGCGACGAUCGUGCCGCACAGCCGCUGCUGAAAAUGAAUGAUGCCCUACUCGCAUCUAAACCCUCAUCCACAAUCGCAUUGUUGCGACGUCUUUUCGAUAACUAUGUGCUCGAUGUGCACGCUGUUGAAGAAACUACUCCCGAGCAAGCGCUGGAGGAAAUGGAUUUUCUAAAUGCUGUGCUGAAAACGUCGAUAAUGAAUCACACAAUGAGGUUUCUGCAACAGAAAGACCUCGUUUCCUCCGAUUACAAUGAUCAGCUACAAUUGCUCAAGCACAUUUGGUUUACGCAAUAUUCACGCUUCAAAGGACGAUUGGGCAGUUCGGGUUUCGAGCAUGUUUUCCUCGCCGAAGUGCGUGAGGACACCAUUUUAGGUCUACACAAUUGGGUUUAUUUUCAUGAUCAGGAGCAACAGGGGAAUUUAGACUACAAAGGAUUCAUCGAGAAAAUACGUUUGGAAAAGGACAAAUAUGUGCUCGCAACACGCUUCGAAUUCCAUAAUCAUGUCAAACCCUACAACACUCUCUUCAUUGGCACUUCACCGGAAUUUGAGUUGAGUGUUUACACCGUCUGCUUUCUAUUGCAUGGCGAUGAGCCGUGUCCGGUGCAAAUGGGACAGACAAAAUUCAAUAUAAACACAAAUGUUUGGAAUUGGCGUGGCAGGAAGACACUGGCGGCUGCAUUUCCGAGCAUCGAAAAUUGAAUGAGGAGUGGGCGGUUUAACGAACAUUUAAGUAUCUUAAAUGGGGAAAAUGUAUUAUAGUUGAUUUAAUAUACUAUUAAAUAUUUGUUUGCUAAAUAAAUAAUUUUAUUCAAAAAGAGGCUUCAUGAAAUGCGAGUCCCGAUUUGUAUGUAGUUUGUAGUUAAAAAAAUAAAAUAAAAUAAAAUAAAAUAAAAUAAAAUAAAAUAAAAUAAAAAAAUGAAGUAUUGAUCAAACAUACAAGAUUACACCGCGCGACAGUAAAUUUUACCACAUAUAAAUUAAUAUAUUAGGAAAAUAUAUGUAAAUAUAGUAAAGCGUUUU